AUGCUCAUUGCACUUUCACUUGUACAUGGAGGUCCAGUCCCUCACUGCCUAUCAAACCUCCUUUUUCAAGCAUUAGUUGGUGGGGUUCAGGGUGUAAAACCCACAGUUGCAGAUAUGGAAAAUAUGCAUGAUGCAACAAAAGAUGUCAUACUCUCUCUCAAUGAUGUUACACCAGAAAAUGUAAAUACAUUUAUUGACAGUAAUGAAAGACUGUCAACAGUUGUAGAUCUUGCAGGGGCAUGGAAACCAGUAAAAACCUAUGAAGAUAAGUUAAGCAUAACCAAUAGCUUAAUAAAAUGGUUCCUGGUAAGUAGAAGUCAGUGUGCAAUCCUGCAAUUUCAGAAAGACCUUGACAUUUUGGGAGUAUUAGAUAAAAUGAGACAAUUUCCAGGUGUGUUCAGGCAACUGAUGUGCUACUCCCCAAACAGGCUCACUGUUGAGUGUUUUGAAGCUAAAUUAAGUUAUGAUAGAAGUGAAAUGGGCUCUAACUCUUUUCAAGUAGAGAAUGCAGUAUUGGGCUUCUGGGGUGACUUCUUAGUGGAUGCUAGUGAGGGUGAAUGCCAACUUGAGCUCAAAGAUGUACUAAUGUUUAUCAGUGGAUGUUUAGAAUUCCCUCCCCUUGGUCUGGAAAUAACAGUAAAGUUCUUGCAUGGGGAAAGGGGAUGUAAGUUUCCCAAAGCCAACACUUGUGCCUGUGAGCUAAGUUUACCAAUUAAACACACCACAUAUGCCUCUUUUAAAGAUGAUAUGACAUUUGCCAUCUUAAAUUCCAAAGGAUUUGGACAAACUUAA